GUUGUUGAUGCAUGCAUGUGGCCGGCUCAUUAAAUACGUUAAUCAUUUCUUCGAUGUUCAUUGUAUAAUUCAAUGAUUUAUUGAUUUUAUGAUGGCAUUCGGGAAUUGGAAAUUAAUAUUUGUCAUUGCUUUGGGAGUAUUUCUUCGUUUUUCAUUUCGUUAUAGUUCCUAUUAUGGCGAGAUAUCGAAACGCGUUGAAGUAUCAUCGCCAGUAUCUGCUUGGAUCAGAGUGGUUGAAGGUGUCAAACUGAAACAACUAAACAUUCAACCAUAUGAUGGAAAUACAUUUCAUGAAUCGCCAAUAUUUCUUAAUUUUUAUCAAUUUAUAGUCAAUAAUUUAAGUGAAUUUCAAAUUGUCAUCUUUUUCAUUCUAAUCGACAUGAUGACAGCCUUCAUUCUAUCAAAUGUAUCAAUCAUGCAGUUAAAUUCAAUGAAAAUAAUCGAGAAGAAUCGAUUGAAGAUAUAUUUGAAAGAUAAUGAUGAUAAGAAAUCAUGUGAAAAACUGUUCAUCAACCCAGCUACUAUUUAUGAUUGUGCUGAAUGGAUAAUCUGGAUAUACGCCUUGUCACCUUAUUCUAUUCUUCCAUGUGUCGCUCAGUCCACACAAGUGUUACAGAAUUUUUUAAUCUCAUUAAUCAUGUUAACGGCUUCUAAUGGACAAAGAUUUUUGUCAUUUUCACUUCUGGCCCUAUCAGUUGUCAACACAUUUUAUUCACUUAUAUUUUUGCCGCCUGUCAUUUUAAUUCUCGAAAAUUCGGCGAAAAAUACCGAUGAUUCCAAACCACAACAAUUGACCAUUCGAUUGAAAUCACUUGUUUAUUCCCUGUUCAUUUUUAUGGCCAUAUUAAUUUCAUUUUUAUUGCUUUGUUUAUGGAUCGAAAAUGGAUCUAUUCAAUUUAUUCAUUCUACUUAUGUUUUUAUGUGGACCGUAUCAGAUUUAACACCAAACAUUGGUCUUUUCUGGUAUUUUUUUGCCGAAAUGUUUGAUCAUUUUCGAACGUUUUUCAUUUGGGUUUUUCAAAUCAAUUAUUUCCUUUAUCUAAUACCAUUGACAUUGAAAUUGAAUGAAAAUCCAUAUUUUUUAUUCAUGAUUACUUUGAUAAAUCAUUCAAUUUUCAAGCCAUAUCCUACCGUUUCAGAUUUCGCUCUAUACUUAUGUAUGCUGCCACAAUGGAGUCAUUUGUUUGAAUAUAUGAAAAGCACAUUAGUGGUUUCUGGUACAAUAGCAACAACCAGUGUAUUAGCUCCUAUUCUCUGGUAUCUAUGGAUCGUAUUAGGUACUGCAAAUUCAAAUUUUUACUUUGGUAUAACACUUGCCUUCAAUAUUGGACAGAUUUUUCUCCUCACCGAUUUGAUAUUCGCUUACAUUAAAAGGGAAUUUUAUUUCAACAAUAUUGAACUUUAUAAAAUUUAUAAAAAGACCGGAAAAUCUCUGCCUGUUGAAUUAAGAUAUAAUUGAUCAUUGUCAUUCAUCUCACAAUCAAGGAGGACAGAAAAUUGAUUUUCUGUAAAUAAAUCUUUAUUAUAAAAUCAUCGAAUAAAAAUGAACGU